GGCCGGCAUUUGCUUUAACUGCUUCAUUCGUGCUUGCUCUUCAGGAAUUAUCAUGUUGCGAAAUAUUAGUAAAAUUGUUACUCAAAAAGCGAAUUUCGCUACAGCUGCUGCACCGGCACCUCAGACCAACCCUGAAAUUCUCUACACCGGACUCUUUAUCAACAAUGAGUGGGUGAAGUCAUCCGACGGGAAGACCUUCCAGACGGUGAACCCGGCCAACGGCAAGGUCAUCGCGGAUGUCCAGCAGGCUGGGCAGGCGGACGUGGAACAGGCAGUGCAAGCUGCAAAUGAGGCUUUCAAGCUCGGGUCUCCGUGGAGGAGGAUGGAUGCCUCCCAGCGCGGUUUGCUGAUCAACAAGCUCGCUAGUCUGGUCGAGCGCGAUGCCACCUACCUCGCUAGUCUGGAAACGCUCGACAACGGCAAGCCGUACCAAGCGAGCUACUUCCACGAUGUAGCGGCGGUGGUCAAGAGCCUGCGGUACUACGCCGGCUGGGCCGACAAGAACCACGGGUACACGCUGCCCGCCGACGGGAACUACUUCGCGUAUACUCGUCCGGAGCCUGUCGGAGUAUGCGGUCAGAUCAUCCCAUGGAACUUCCCUCUGCUGAUGGCAGCGUGGAAACUGGGGCCCGCGCUGGCCGCCGGCUGCUCGCUCGUGCUCAAGCCCGCUGAGCAGACCCCGCUGACGGCGCUGUACAUCGCUCAACUCGUCAAGGAAGCUGGAUUCCCCGCUGGUGUGGUGAACGUACUGCCAGGCUUCGGAGACGUCGGUGCCGCUAUCGUCGCGCACCCGAAGAUCGAUAAAGUAGCAUUCACUGGAUCAACGGAGGUGGGCAAGCUGAUCCAGCGCGGCGCGGCGGACUCCAUGAAGCGCAUCACGCUGGAGCUGGGCGGCAAGUCGCCCAACAUCAUCUUCGCGGACGCGGACCUUAACGCAGCCGUCGAACAGGCGCAUCACGCGCUCUUCUAUAACAUGGGCCAGUGCUGUACCGCCGGUUCCCGUACCUUCGUGCAGGACAAGAUCUACGAUAAGUUCGUGGAGUUGGCCGCGCAGCGCGCCGCCAAGCGCAGGGUCGGCGACCCCUUCCACCACGAGACCGAUCACGGACCGCAGAUCGAUGGCGAACAGCAAAACAAGAUCCUAAGCCUUAUCGAGACGGGCAAGCAGCAGGGAGCCAAACUAGAGACUGGCGGGUCUCGCGCCGGAGACGUUGGAUAUUACGUACAGCCCACAGUGUUCAGUAACGUGCAGGACCACAUGGACAUCGCCAGGACUGAGAUCUUCGGGCCCGUGCAGCAAGUACUGCGGUUCUCGGAUGUCGAUGAAGUAAUUGAGCGCGCUAACAACACGGAGUAUGGACUCGCCGCCGCCGUGUAUACCAAGGACCUCGACCGCGCCAAUUACGUUACACAGGCCCUCCGCGCGGGCACGGUGUGGGUGAACGACUACAACGUGUUCUGCAACCAGGUGCCGUUCGGCGGCUUCAAGCAGUCCGGCCUCGGCCGCGAGAACGGCCCCUACGGCAUCCGCAACUACGUCGAGAACAAGUCCGUACUCGUCAAGCUUACCGCUAAGAACUCCUAGAUUUUAACCAAAAAUGGACGCAGUCUGGCAAAAAAAGAGUACAAAUUUUAAGAAUGGCAACAUUUUAGGGUCGAACCUUUCAUCCAGACUAAUAUUAUAAAUGGGAAAGUGUGUAGUCUGCUUAAACAAACAGAGAUCCGUCUUUCACGACAAAACGAAGCGACGAAUAGACGUGAUUUUUUAAGUGGAGAUAGUUAAUGGAUGGAGAGUGACUAUGCUACAACAGGGGCGGGUGGAAGUGUGUAUAGAGCAUUCCGAAUUUAACGCGAGCGAAGCCGCAGGCAAAAGCUAGUAUCAAUUUAUGUAAGAAAUCGGGACGACACUACGAUGUUGCCAUUUUUUAUUUCUACUCUUUUUUGCUAAGCUGUGGUUUAGGGAAAAGUAUCCAAUCCACACAAAAGUCUAAGUCAGUAUCAUUUUAACUUGUUUAUAGAAGUUUUUGAAUGACUCAUAGUUUCAUUAAUCUAGACUUUUGACGAGAUAUUAGACCGUGAUCACCUUCUUGUUCCCGAUAUCACGUCUGUAUUAUCCCGAUCAAUAUAAGUCUCUAAUUUGAACUUUCUGUAUAAGAAAAAGUUAUUAAUUUGAAUGAUAUGUGUGACUUUUUAGUGAAUAGAUCCUUCUUUCCUAACUACGUCCAGACAAGUGCCUAUAAACGUAACUAGAAGGCUACAAUGAGCACACCCGUCGGUGGAGAAUUAGGUGCGCUAUUUGUAGCUAUUAAUUUAGGUUUGUAAGUAGGUGUGGUCUAUUUCAGAUCAUCGUCAGAUAGCACGAACUUAUAAAUACUGUUGAUAGAAUAAUUAAAGUGUCAAUGUAAUUUUCAGGACAUUCUGUUUCUCUC